AUCAAACUCAUCGAUUCCUCGUUUCCGACGACCGAUUUAACUUUCCGGCGACGGCGACGGCAACGGCAACGGCGGACGUUUGUUGAUAUCUGCUGCAAGAGUUAACCUAUUUGUUUAUCUAUCUUCUUCUUCUUCCAGUUCAGGGAGAUUCUGUCAGACUACUGUUAGGUGGGGAAUAUAAUAAGCAAGAUUGACCGGUAGAUAGAAAGAGGUUCAUGUCGAAACCCUAGAAAAGUAAACAGCACUCAAAAAAGCUUCAAAGAUCCUGUCAUCAUAAAGAUGUUGUUGUCUUCCUUCCAUUUCUUAUUUACUCAAGUUUGAAAAUCCCGAUCCUUCAAUUCGCCAUGAACGACUCUACUGUUUCGGGUGAGGCCAGCGUUUCUUCCUCUGGAAAUCAUCCACUUGCUCUAAAACCACCGCCGCAGAAGAAGAAACGGAAUCUAGCCGGAAUGCCAGAUCCAGAUUCAGAAGUGAUUGCUCUUUCACCAAAGACUCUGCUGGCGACGAAUAGAUUCAUAUGCGAAAUCUGUAGCAAAGGAUUCCAGAGAGAACAGAAUUUGCAGCUUCAUCGUAGGGGACAUAAUCUUCCAUGGAAAUUAAGGCAAAAAUCGACGAAAGAGAUCAGGAAACGUGUUUAUGUCUGCCCAGAACCGUUAUGCAUUCACCAUGAUCCGUCUCGAGCUUUGGGCGAUCUAACUGGUAUAAAGAAACAUUACUUUAGAAAACAUGGAGAAAAGAAAUGGAAAUGCGAAAAAUGUGCUAAGAAAUAUGCUGUUCAAUCGGAUUGGAAAGCUCAUUCGAAGAUUUGUGGGACUAGAGAGUAUAAAUGCGAUUGUGGAACUCCGUUCUCAAGGCGGGAUAGUUUCAUCACACACAGGGCAUUUUGUGAUGCCUUAGCAGAGGAAAGCUCCAAGGCUCCGACAGGCCCACCGCCUGCUAGCUCCGACAAGGUUCCAUCGCCACCGCUAGAGCCACCACCUCCUGUAAUAUCAUCUCUUUUGCCUAGCCAUAUUUCAGAAAACCCAAGUUCCAGCCAGAUCAUAGAGGAACAAGCACUUCCAGUUCCCACCACAGGCUUUAGCACAAGUUGUAGUGCCGCCUCUACCAGCAGCUCAAGCAACAAUGGCAACGCAAGCAGCAGUAUAUUUGCAAGCCUAUUUGCAUCAUCAACUGUACCUGGUCCAACCGGAUAUAUGGACUUGAUCAGAUCCAUGGCUCAUACCAAUCACAACCCAUACACAUCCACCGAACCCACAUCUCUAUGCCUUUCAACAACCAAUCACUUACACAAUCAAGGGUCAUCAAUUCUUGGCCCCACAGGACAAGAAAACUGUAUAUUUGCACCUCCUCCUCCCCCAAUUUCUCAGCCAGCAGCUAUGUCUGCCACGGCUUUGCUCCAAAAGGCUGCCCAAAUGGGUGCGACGGCUACAAAUGUGUCUUUUCUUAGCGGAUUGGGGAUCAUUUCAUCAGAAAACGCCUCUAUUCAUGUUCCUGGGCUUCCGGUUGAUGGGAUCGGACCUGCAAAUUUUAAGGAACUCAUGAUGGGCACUUCCUCUUCAUCUGUGUUUGGUCCUAAACAAACCACUCUUGAUUUCCUCGGUCUGGGAAUAACAACUAGUGGUAGUGGUGGUGGACCUUCUUCUGGAAGCUUAUCUGCCUUUAUAAAUUCAAUAGGAAACGGACUUGACCUAGAAUUUGUGGGUGAAGACAUGGGAAGAAGUUCUUGACAGU